GAGACGGAGUGCUUUAAUUGCAUGACCAACUACACAUUAGAGCCCUGGAUUCUACCCCACUGUUAUUUACAAGUACUGUGUUAAAGACUAGUUGGGACCCUCUCAGGAGAAAUUAGCAGUUACAUUUUCUUAUUUUUACAAUUUAUGCUCAAGGUGCAUUUACUUCGAUUUAAGCAGCGUCUUUUCUACUGUAACACUCUCAUGCCAGUCUAAAAUUGGAUAAUGGGUUUCCUGCUUAAUAGCAGCAAAAAUUGUACUCCCUCUCCUGAAGUGGUUGACUGGGUUUCUUCACAUUCAGCUGUCACCCUCCACCAGCUGAGGGAGCAAGAGACCUCUGCAUGGGAGGUUACAGCCCCACCUCCUCCUGGGGCUUCUUCAGGGCCAUCUCCGUUUUCAGAGUAGGAUGAAUACCUGCCUUAGUAACAGCAACUCAGUUACCCUGAAGUUUUACUUUGUCCGAAAAGUUUCACCAAGAGCUUGUAUUUUAAUGAGAUACUUUAAAAAUAUAUUUGGGAAUGUAUAAGGCAAACGGAUUCUCUCUUAUUUAUGCUUAGUGCAUUCGCCUACUGAAAUUUGAGGGUUUUCUCAGAGAUAUAUAUAUAAAUAUCACAAUGUAGAUAUAGCUCUCUCUCUUCCCCUCUCUCACACACGCAAGCACACGCACCCACCCACACACACACACACACACACAUCAAGGGAAUGCCAUAUGUCCCAAGUGAGACCUACUUGGAAAAAAACAGAAGUGCUGAACAUAUCACUCAGGAUCAUUGUGAGAGGACAGUCGUCAGCUUUCUCUCUGGCAAUGAGAAUUUUCUCACCCUCAAGACAUGCAAAUGACUUUUUUCAUCUGUUCUUUUUAUGUUAUUUGCAUAAUUUUCUCCUGCAAAAGUGAGAGCUGUCAAAAAUUAACCAUUUGGGGAUUUGGCAUUCAGUUAAGUGACCUUUUCCAGAGAAUUAGAUCUCUUCAGGGAACUAGGAACUUGAUGAGGAAGUGCUGAGAAGGUGGUCAGUGGCAGAAAGAGCGGAUGACGGAUGGGGACCAGCAGACAGUGAGGAGCUCAACAUAACAGGGAAAAGGAGCACAGGAUGCAGCUACUUGAAGGGUGUUGAUUGAAAACUUCGAUCUCCCCACCCCAUUCACGGUUGAUUUGACGGAUUUCUCACCUCGUUCACAGAGAAAAUUUCAAUUAAGGUCCCUUUAGAUGGAAUAUAAUACAGCAGAAGCCUUUUCAUCAAAAGGAUUAAUGCCUGCAUUAUCAUUUCUGCAAUAAAACAAGAAGCUAAGUGGUGGAGGCCACAGACACCUCGAACCUGGAUUCCACAAUUCUACGUUAAGUUUUGGAGUUUUUAUUACUCUGCUGUAGGAAAGCCUUUGCCAAUGCUUACAAGGAACUGUUUAUCCCUCCUUCUCUGGGUUCUGUUUGAUGGAGGUCUCCUAACACCACUACAACCGCAGCCACAGCAGACUUUAGCCACAGAGCCAAGAGAAAAUGUUAUCCAUCUGCCAGGACAACGGUCACAUUUCCAACGUGUUAAACGUGGCUGGGUAUGGAAUCAAUUUUUUGUGCUGGAAGAAUACAUGGGCUCCGAGCCUCAGUAUGUGGGAAAGCUCCAUUCCGACUUAGACAAGGGAGAGGGCACUGUUAAAUACACCCUCUCAGGAGAUGGCGCUGGCACCGUUUUCACCAUCGAUGAAACAACAGGGGACAUUCAUGCAAUAAGGAGCCUAGAUAGAGAAGAAAAACCUUUCUACACUCUUCGUGCUCAGGCUGUGGACAUAGAAACCAGAAAGCCCCUGGAGCCUGAAUCAGAAUUCAUCAUCAAAGUGCAGGAUAUUAAUGAUAAUGAGCCAAAGUUCUUGGAUGGACCUUAUGUUGCUACUGUUCCAGAAAUGUCUCCUGUAGGUGCAUAUGUACUCCAGGUCAAGGCCACAGAUGCAGAUGACCCGACCUAUGGAAACAGUGCCAGAGUCGUUUACAGCAUUCUUCAGGGACAACCUUAUUUCUCUAUUGAUCCCAAGACAGGUGUCAUUAGAACAGCUUUGCCAAACAUGGACAGAGAAGUCAAAGAACAAUAUCAAGUUCUCAUCCAAGCCAAGGAUAUGGGAGGACAGCUUGGAGGAUUAGCCGGAACAACAAUAGUCAACAUCACUCUCACCGAUGUCAAUGACAAUCCACCUCGAUUCCCCAAAAGCAUCUUCCACCUGAAAGUUCCUGAGUCUUCCCCUAUUGGCUCAGCUAUUGGAAGAAUAAGAGCUGUGGAUCCUGAUUUUGGACAAAAUGCAGAAAUUGAAUACAAUAUCGUUCCAGGAGAUGGGGGAAAUUUGUUUGACAUCGUCACAGAUGAGGAUACACAAGAGGGAGUCAUCAAAUUGAAAAAGCCUUUAGAUUUUGAAACAAAGAAGGCAUACACUUUCAAAGUUGAGGCUUCCAACCUUCACCUUGACCACCGGUUUCACUCGGCGGGCCCGUUUAAAGACACAGCGACGGUGAAGAUCAGCGUGCUGGACGUAGAUGAGCCGCCGGUUUUCAGCAAGCCGCUCUACACCAUGGAGGUUUACGAAGACACUCCGGUCGGGACGAUCAUUGGCGCUGUCACUGCUCAAGACCUGGAUGUAGGCAGCAGUGCUGUUAGGUACUUCAUAGAUUGGAAGAGUGAUGGGGACAGCUACUUUACAAUAGAUGGAAAUGAAGGAACCAUCGCCACUAAUGAAUUACUAGACAGAGAAAGCACUGCGCAGUAUAAUUUCUCCAUAAUUGCGAGUAAAGUUAGUAACCCUUUAUUAACCAGCAAAGUCAAUAUACUGAUUAAUGUCCUAGAUGUAAAUGAAUUUCCUCCAGAAAUAUCUGUGCCAUAUGAGACAGCCGUGUGUGAAAAUGCCAAGCCAGGACAGAUAAUUCAGAUAGUCAGUGCUGCAGACCGAGAUCUUUCACCUGCUGGGCAACAAUUCUCCUUUAGAUUAUCACCUGAGGCUGCUAUCAAACCAAAUUUUACAGUUCGUGACUUCAGAAACAACACAGCUGGGAUUGAAACCCGAAGAAAUGGAUACAGCCGCAGGCAGCAAGAGUUGUAUUUCCUCCCUGUUAUAAUUGAAGACAGCAGCUACCCUGUCCAGAGCAGCACAAACACAAUGACUAUUCGAGUCUGUAGAUGUGACUCUGAUGGCACCAUCCUGUCUUGUAAUGUGGAAGCAAUUUUUCUACCUGUAGGACUUAGCACUGGGGCAUUGAUUGCAAUUCUACUAUGCAUUGUUAUACUCUUAGCCAUAGUUGUACUGUAUGUAGCGCUGCGAAGGCAGAAGAAAAAAGAUAGCCUGAUGACCUCUAAAGAAGACAUCAGAGACAACGUCAUCCAUUACGAUGAUGAAGGAGGCGGGGAGGAAGAUACCCAGGCUUUCGACAUCGGGGCUCUGAGAAACCCAAAAGUGAUUGAGGAGAACAAAAUUCGCAGGGAUAUAAAACCAGACUCUCUCUGUUUACCUCGUCAGAGACCACCCGUGGAAGAUAACACAGACAUAAGGGAUUUCAUUCAUCAAAGGCUACAGGAAAAUGAUGUGGACCCAACUGCCCCACCGUACGAUUCACUGGCCACAUAUGCCUACGAAGGGACUGGGUCCGUGGCCGAGUCCCUCAGCUCUAUAGACUCUCUCACCACAGAAGCUGACCAGGACUACGACUACCUGACGGACUGGGGACCCCGCUUUAAAGUCUUGGCAGACAUGUUUGGCGAAGAAGAGAGUUAUAACCCUGAUAAAGUCACUUAAGGGAGUCGUGAAGGCUAAAAUACAACCGAGAGGGGAGAUUUUUAAAAAAGAAAAAGAAACACAAAUAUUAAUAGAAAUCACUCACACACACACAUACACACACACACACACACACACACACACAGACUUUCUGGGACAAGAUUCCUUUGAUUAUCUGGUUUCUAGCAAGUUGUUAAAUUAAUCGUAUUGUCAGUUUUGGUUUAUUCUGCCAACACGAGAUACAUCCUAUAACGUGUACUUGCUUCGUUCUGUUGUUUGGUUUUUUCACAAUCACGCUGAGACAAACUCAGGCCUAUUCAAUACAAUUUACUGACAUGACAACCUAGAACGAAGAUAGCUAUGUGGCAUCACGGUGGAAGAGUGUUAGAUUUUUCUUAAUUCCACUAAAGUGCCUAUUGAAACUCUUAUCAUUUAAAGCGGUGUACAGUGCACUCUGCUGUGAUGGUAUUGCAGGAUUCAGAAAUAAAGAGGACAUAAAACAAAGACGUCCUUAUGUCAAGAAGCAAUAGCGACACUCUGACUCUCCUCAUUCCUUUUGAGAACAAAGGAACACUUCCUGAUCUCCACCGUCUUCUAAUCCAAAAGGUUUUCUUUUUCUUUUUUAAACUGUAUGCUAAGACGUAUGUUUAUCCUAUCCUUUCAGAAAAUUGAAAUAAAUAUGAAAAUAUCAAGUUCAAUAUGUAAGUCCCGAAUUCUGGAAACGAUGUUUGAUCUUAACAUUAGUUCACAUUAAAGCUGUUCAUUAAAAUGUUACUUUCUUUUCCAAAAAAAAAUCAAAUUAAAAAAAAAAGAAAAGAAAAAAUAUUCCUCUUUAUAAAGAGAGGCCUCAGGGCUCAAAUUACACAUUAAAAUAAAUAUUGGUUUUGCUUAAUAUUGUA